AUGGGACUUCAGGAAAAGUAUCGAAACAAGUUGAAACACCUGAACAUCAACUAUGGUUUGAACUUUCUGGAUACGGAUCUUAUUGGGAUCACCAGUGAGUUGUUGAACACGAAAGGCGAGGGGUACACAAUCGGUGCGGCUUCGGCCAGUGGAAACAUGGGACUUGUGCAAGGCGCUCGAUUGAUCGAAAGUGGCGAUUACGAUGUUGUUAUUGUGAUUGCACCAAUGAUGGAAAUGUCCAUUUACGAAUACGUUGGCUUUACCGAAAUGAGUGCGAUGUCCACCUUGAAAGAGGAUAAAAACGUUUCAGCCAUUUGUCGUCCGUUUGAUAAAGAUCAUUCUGGAUUCGUGUUCGGAGAAAACGCUGGAUGUAUCGUUCUUGAAUCUUCUGAACACCUGGGUAAACGUAACGCAAAAUCUUGGGGACAAAUAAAGGGAACAGGUGUUGUUCUCGAUGGUAACCGGAAUCCAAAUCCUUCUAUGGAAGGAGAGUCGGCUGCAAUGAAUAAAGCACUGCAAAAGGCCGGGAUUUCAUCCUCAGAAAUUGACUAUGUAAACAUGCAUGGAAGUUCUUCUCCUUUAGGUGAUCGAACGGAAGUGGAAGCUGCUCAGAACGUUGGGCUGACCAAUGCAUGGGCGAACAGUACAAAAUCAUUGAUUGGACAUGGAGUAGUGGCAGCAGGACUUGUAGAAGCCGUAGCGUCCACAAUUCAGUUGAAUGAAGGAUUUGUGCACGCAUCAAACAACUUAGAGAAUCCCAUUGACUCUGAAAUGAAAUGGGCAGUAAAACAAGAAGAAUGUCCUGAGUUAAAAUGGGCAAUCACCAACAGUUAUGGAUUUGGGGGGAUUAACACUUCCCUGGUAAUUAAGAAAAACGAAAACUAG